UCGAAUAAAACGAAAAAGAAAAGGCUGAUUCUAAUAGGUGAUGUUCACGGUUGCCUUAAACAAUUGAAGAAACUUUUAGACUAUGUAAAGUAUGAUGGCGGUGAAGAAGAUCACGUUAUCUUGCUCGGAGACUUUACAAACAAAGGCCCAGAUUCUAUUGGCGUUAUAAACUUUGCAAUAGAGCAGAAGCUUGAUUGCAUUCUGGGAAAUCAUGAGUUAGCGAUGAUGAAAAGAUACACACAAUUUCAUGGUCUUAAAUCUCCGACUUUCGUGAAUAACGACGAAGAUACAAAUUCAACUCUAACAAUGAAAGAGUCUUAUGAUCUCGAUGAGUUGAUGAGAUUAGCUAAAAAAAUCACUCCCGAGCAUAUUGACUUCUUAAGUUCCUGCAGUCCUAUCAAAAAAAUCGGGCCGGUACCUCUUUACACAAAUGUCAAGCAAAGUCGGCAUGCCUCUUCUCCGGCUGACGGCAUAGCUGUUCAUGCUGGGCUUUUGUGGCAUAAGGAUAUCUACCAUCAGGAUAUUGAAGAAGUAACGACGAUAAGAAAUCUAUUACCUCCGGAUUGGAAAACUCCCACUGAAGACAGACAUGAUAAAUUGGGAGGUGAAAAAUCCGUUGCAUGGACCAAAAUAUGGAACAAGCAUCAGCUAGAAAUAUACAAUAAAGAGCUAAAAGAGGCUGAUAAUAAAAAUUUGACAAUCGGUACAAAAGUUUUUUACGGGCACGAUGCAAAGCGUGGUGUUGUUACAAAACAGUUCUCUAAUGGAUUGGAUUCCGGUUGCGUAUAUGGAAAGCAAUUAACUGGUGUUGUUAUAUGGUCACAAGUGGGCUCUGUAAAUAAUGAAGAAGAGAAGAUUGUCUACAAACAGAUGACUGUGGAUGUAAACUGU